UUCCCUUUCCCAUCUGGCAACCUCGAACGAACAUCAUUUGACGCCUUCCCCUGACCGCGUUUCUUGUUGGGGGUGGCAAAAAUGAAAAUCCUUCCUGUUUGCCAGCCCCAAAUAUAGAAGAAUUUCCAGCCCGCAAAAAGUCGGUCAAAGUCGACGAGGAGGAGCGGCAACAAGUUGUCACGUGAACGCCGCGCGGCUAUUGAACAACAUGGCGGCGGCGGCGGCCAAUAUGGCGGCGCCCGCGAGCGCCGACAGACGUGGCAGAUGUGCUUUCUUGGUGACUAAAAAGAAACGUUUUUGUAAAAUGCUGGUGGCCGAGGGCCGCAUCUUUUGCGGGGAACACGCCGACAAGGAAGAAGGCAACGGUGGCGAGAGGAUGCUUUGCCCGCUGGACCCAAAACACACGGUGGACCGGGACAAGCUGGACAAACACUUGAAGAAAUGUAACUCUCGGCAAAAAGCCAAACCGGCUUAUUACGUGGAAAACAUCAACGCCGGCCCCGAGGAGCAAAACGAGACCCAAAAUCAGGGGAGUCUGUGUGAGAGAAGCGCCGCCGAGUUGCAAGACCUGCUGGACAAACUGGACGCCGCGGUGUCAAAAGCUCUGCCACACGAGCCGGAGGAGCGUUUCCUGUCGCACCCCGUUUUUCACGAGGAGUUCAACAAUCCCAAGAACGGCGCUUCGGCCCGCAAGCAUCUCAAGCAGCAGGCUUCCAUCCUGGGCCACCUGGAGGCACUGGGCCUGCUAAGACGCGGGCGAUGCUUCGUGGAGUUCGGUGCGGGUCGAGGCAAGCUGUCGCACUGGAUCGGACGGGCGCUGGAAAACAGCGAUGGGCCGGAACGCCCGCAGAUGUUGCUGGUGGAGCGAAGCGCCGCGCGAUUCAAGGCGGACGGGAAACAGCGGGACGCCGGCGCCGAUUUGGCCAGGCUGCGGAUCGACAUCCGGCACCUCGACCUGAGUAAGACGCCGCCCGAUGCCGGGCGGAAAGCGGGGCGCCGCGCUAACGCUCUCGUCCGUGCCCUCGCAGGUAAAGUGGCGGCGACGGAACGUCGGCCGCCGCUGGUGGGCGUCGGCAAGCAUCUCUGCGGCGCGGCCACGGAUCUGGCUCUCCGCUGUUUGUUCCCGACGCCGGCGGGAGAGUCGGUUCCCGUCCUGGGCCUGGCGGUGGCGCUGUGCUGCCACCACCGCUGCGAGUGGCGUCACUACGCGGGACGGAGCUUCUUCUCGGAAAUGGGCCUGAGCGCCGCCGACUUUGCCGACUUCUGCCGCAUGUCCGGCUGGGCCACGUGCGGCCGACGAGCGGACGGGGAACACGAAGCGGAGGACGAGACGGACGCGCCGCCGGGGUUUCUCUCCACGGCCGAGCGGGAGCGAAUCGGCCGGCGCUGUAAACUCUUAAUUGACCGCGGAAGACUAGAGUUUCUGCGCGGCCGAGGCUUCCGCGGCCGGCUGACGCGUUACGUGGACGCCGGGGUGACCCCGGAGAACGUCCUGUUGACGGCCACGCCCGCCGCCUCUCCCUCGUGACGGUCGGACGGGAGCGCGCGCGAGUCAAGGGCGGCGCGCGUCCUCCUCCGGACCUCCCGGAUGUACGUCAGCAUGAAGUCUCGACCGAAGGCUUCUCCCUCACCCUCGUCGUCAUCCUCGUCCGACUCGACCGGCAUGUCCAUUUCUAUCGUCAGAGGGUUGUCUCGGAAGUUGACGAACCUGUGCGCAAAAGGACAGAGCCCCCAUUUGUUUUUAUUUGGUCUUUGCCAAGUCCAUUUGGGUUGGGCUGGCAGCUCGCCUGAAUCCGUUUUUGAUGACUUGCAUUGUCAUGAAUCAAUAAAAUGGCAAA